GAGAAAAAAGGAAAAGUGAAAAAUAAAAUGGUAAUAGCUGAACAUAUCUGCAAGUGGCACCACCUUUGGCUUUAGUGGAGUCACAUAGCUAUCAUGCGCACCAGCUCAUGAGUCUUAUGUCUAUCUUCCCUCUAUUUUUCUCUAUCCAUGUUGGAAUGGUUUGGGUACACUCUUGGCCCAGAAAAUGCAGAAAUAAGCAAGUGGGUCCCACGGGAGCAUCCUGAUUUUUAGGUGUGAAGUGAAGAAAUUAAGAAAACAUAAACUCCUUCUCUCCUCCAUGUACUAGAUUUUCAACCCCGUGUUCGUGCUUCCACUGUGUCACUGUUGUUUUGGCUUUGUUUAGUUAGUUUUGUUUUGGUUUCUCUCUCUCUCUAGAAUGUUGUCAAAUACAAUACAGUUGCACCCUUUUCUUGAAAGAUUAUAAAACAGAUUUUUUGGAACCUUGUGUUAUCAUUACUUGUGGUGCUUGUUGUGUGCUGAUCUCGGCUUCCCGUGUGCUGACUUCGUUUUCUUCACCUUUCUUUGUUGUUUCUGAAUAUUUACUAGUUCUCCACUUGGGUUCAUUGCCUGUUCUUUCCUUUGUUUUUUGGGGGGUUAAAAAGCUCAAAUUUUGAGGAUUGGAAGAGUGUUGGUGAGUGAAAAAUCAGCUACUUCCUUUCAGCCUGCUACUGGGUUUGUGCUCAUUUCUUUGAGGUGUUCUUGGCUCUUCCCGGAUCCAGGUUUAUCUGGUUUUCGUCAAAGGAAGAUGACUGGGAGAGAAAGUUCUGACAAUUAAUCCUGAAUAGUAGAGGUAGAAGAUGGAAAAUACAGGCUUAUGGAUUCAGAAAGAGGGCCACAGAAAAAACGAUUCAUUGCAUGGCUUGUUGAAUGAUAGGGAAACAGCAGAUGAAGACUAUUCAAAAUCACAGUUAAAGAAAUUGAUGACUAAAAGGUCAAACUCUCAUCGAGCAAUAGUUGUAAAUGCUAUUCAAUCACAAAUCAGUAAGGUUUUCUUCAAGGAUUUAUUCUUUCGUCGUGUCCAUGGACUAGACAAUAGGAUUCCAAAGCAUGUGGUGAGUGUGGAUGAGAAAUAUAUGCGUCGCUGCCUAGAAUUUGUGCAUAACACUGCAUUAAAAGCAGCUCAAUGCAACAUACCUGUGAGCUUAAGAGCAACAAACAUGGAAACUUUAUCAGAAAGCUUGAAUACCGCUAAGUUUUUUGGUGGAAAUGCAUGUGGUUCAGGACAUUUUGUCUUUGAAUGUCCUGUAGACUCUGAAACUGGGAGUGUAGUGAUAAGUGCUAAUGGUGGAGAACAGUGGAGUUUGGGUACAAUAAUGGGGAGCAAGAGUAUGAUAAAUAUAUUGAAUAGUGCUCUGCUUCAGCAGUUUGGUGCUUCAGAUAGAAGUGACAAUUUGAACAGGAUGAACUUCUCUGAUGCUAAAGGAUUGAUAUGUUAUGAUUUUGUGGACUCUCCAAGUAGUUUAAAUAUCUCUUCAUCCUAUAAACUCGAAAAGGGAAAACAUUCAGGGCAAGAUCAUAUGUAUGGAUCCGUUUCUGUCCAUAAAAGGCUUGUUUCCACUUCUAGCACCACCUCUACUUGUUCUGAUUGGUUGUCUUCGGCUUAUUCUACUCUAUCUCAGGGAAUGAUCCAAUGUACAUGGAAGCAAGGUAUUCCUCAUUUUGUUUUUUCUGCAGAUGAUCAGAAGGAGGUCUAUGUAGCAGAACUGAGGAAGGUAGAUUCAGAGGAUGAUAAGGCUUUGGACUAUGCGUACCAGUUUCACUUGAACAAGGGUGGUCCAAAAAGUCAUGAGAUUCCCAAGAGUGAUUUGCAGCUUGUUGGGAAGAUGCAUGUAUCGACAAGUUUCACCCUUUGCAAAAACAAUUGUAGGAUAAUGGAGACAGAGUUUACAUUAUUCCAAAACAUUGAAAUUUAUGACAAAGAAAUGUGCACGUCAGAACACUCUCACAGGAAGAACAAGGGAUUGUCAAAGAAGGUGUCACAAGUUUUCAGAACUAGCCCAUCAUCAAAACGCAGAACACACUCGAAGUUUAGCGGAUCAAGUGCUGUGACGGAGAGUUGUCUGUGGGAGCCACAUGGUCUUGGUGGGGUCAAUUUAUUAGAGACUGAUGUUCCUCCAAAUUUUGAGAUGGCUGCAAUUGUUGUGAAAGACCAUCUUCCUUGUAAAAAACCUGAGAAAGUUGGAGGCUGGGGUUUAAAAUUUCUUAACAAAUCUGGAGUAAAUCAAAUCGCAUUGCCUUCUGAAAGUUGUAAUCAAAAUAAUGGUGACUGCUCAACAAGCACGAGCAUUCUAAUUCCAGCGGGCCUUCAUGGUGGGCCAAGAACCAGAAAUGGUGGCCCGUCGAGUCUGAUAGAAAGAUGGAGAUCUGGGGGCCACUGUGACUGUGGUGGUUGGGAUGAGGGAUGCCCUCUGACAGUACUUCAGAGAAGAUUUAACAAAGCAGAGGUUAUGUCUCAAGUAGAUACACAAGGCCAUUGCAAGUCAGUUGAACUAGUCACUCAGGGUUCAAGGGAUUUCAGCCCCACCUUGAGGAUGGUAAAUGUUCAUGAUGGUCUAUAUUAUAUACAUUUUCAUCCACCUCUGUCUGCCCUACAGUCUUUCUCCAUUGCCGUGGCAAUAAUUCAUGCGCAAAGUCCUGCUCUUCGGCCCAACAGUGCACAGGAGCUGUCAUGUUAAAAGUAAAAAUUGAGGUUAUUUAGCAGUAUAAUUCUAUUACUGUAUUAUAAAAGCAAAUGAAAAGAAGAUUUAGGUUUUUAUACGUGAAUUGGGUUUUCAUUCUAUGUUUAGGGUUGUUAUUUUUCAUACUGCCAGAUGUUAUCUUAUUUAGGAGAACUAGCUCUCUUUGUCCUUUUUCACAAUUCAUAGUUUGUAAUCAUCUUUUUCCUCAUUUUUUUUGUUGAAGAGGAUAGAAUGUAGAAGGGUUUUCUGAAGGAAAUUUGGAAAAUUGUAGCAUUGAGAUUGGAUUUGUUACAAUUGUUAAUGAGAAGGAAGUAAAUUUAGCAUUCAAUCUGAAAAAUAGCUAUUUGAAAAUUGCUUUUGAAUAAUGGAUCAUUCUCUUUACAAUUUGGUAUGAAGAAUAUUGGAGAUCUUGCUUCUUUGAAUUUCUCUUGGCAAAUGAAUUAUGGUAGUUCCCAUUUUUCUGAUUGGAAACUCUGCAUCAUUUCACCGCAAGUUGCAGCAUGAUCCAAUUGCUACUCCUAUGACAACAGCACAUGUUGCAUGUAGCAUCUGAUAGACAACUGAAAGUGUUCUCUCUCAAUGGCCACUUGUAUGUGGAUAAUUUUUAUUUACUAUAUUCCAACUUAAAUUUUGAGCUAAAAUGCUGACAUGCUUCCCUUUCAAUUUGUUUGAAGUUCACAUUGACUACAGAUAUGGUCACAU